AUGGCGGGUGAAAGGUUCCCACUGCUGGUUUGUUUGUUGACUCUAAGUUUUGCAGGUCCACUCGGUAGGGCGGCCGCGUUUGACCUUGAUGAGGAACAAGUCAACUUUUGUCAGUUUUGCGAACUUCUUUCUGCGCGUCCUCCUGUUUCUUCUGUCUCAAAUGCCCGCAUUGAUGAUUUGGAUGGGGGGUUGCUCGCUGCUUCCGUUCUCCACUCUGAUCCAGUUGCUUUGCCACCGGUAGCCAAGCCUCCUGAUGCUGCCUCUCCUGAAACCGUUUCAUCGUCUGAUAUUCCUGAUUCCGUAGAUAUGGUGUUUUCUAAGACCGCCAAGCCGGGUUUCCCUUCCUGUACAAGGCGUCACUGUCACAAGAUAGGCUUACCAAAUCACUCUGUGAAACACUAUUGGACAAGGCGGAAAGGCUCAGCUGCGCUUUCUCACACCGAAAGUGCGGUAUCUUCGCAGUCAUUAGAAGAAGCGCAACGCGAGGUUCCGCCGCCCUUUCACUGGCUUUUCCCGCCCUAUCCGACAUCAAAACUUGCGAAUUCAGCUUCGGUUCCUUUUAAGCCUUCUAGCAGCCUCUCCCCUGAAUCCGUUUCUGGGUCAUCGUUUGGUUCGUCUCCGUUUCUUUCUACUGACUUCUCCUCGUUGUCUUCUGUUGCUCCACUACUCAGUCCAUCGGGCUAUCACGCCCAGCUAGGUGCUCCGUCAAUAAUUCUUCCUUCUUCGUGGGACUUGCCAAAUCCCUUUAGCUCAUCUUUCCCCUCUCCAGGCGCAACGGAACCAUCCGAGGUGCCCGCGGGCAACACAACGGAACUGCGGCUGUUUGCUGGCACACAGUUGGGUGACCUCGAUGUUCUCUUUAACAUUGAACCGCGAGAGAUUAGCUUGCUUCUUCAAUCAAAAGAGGAUACGACAGCCUCGGAAUCUGUCUCACAGUCGCUGCGUCCCGUGAGCUCGAGCAAUCCGCUCUCAGAUGUCUCGCUUUCCCGAGUGCCCUUGCACACGCAAACGGGUCCAGCUGCGGCGCCCGUGCUGCCGCAUCAAGAAAUCAGCGCCGUUCCCAAAAGCAUGGAAAACGCGAGGACGGUUCCCCCCACGAAACCAAGUCUGGUAACCGGACACCAUUCUUCUCUGUUCCACGCGGAUUUCCAGCGCACAAAUCGUGCCAAAGACCGAGAAAAACGGCUCGCCUCACACGUGGAAGCGGUCGCCACGUCAGACGCGAGCGCAUCUGGCCCUUCUACCACACAGAACCUGUCUCCCAGGUUGUCUUCUAAAGAACUGUGUGUUGCUUGUGAGCAAGAGCACCACGUCCCAGCAGCUGACUCUACGGCCUUUUCAGCCGAAAGUCGGCCGCCAGAAAACUCAGAUGACCCGUCAAACGCUCCUUUGCUCUCGGACGGCAACGUGCCAAGUCCGGGUCAACCAGACACGGGAUAUGUUCAUCUCCCCAAGACCUCAAAUCAGAGUGAGCAUCCCCUGACAUUCUCCAAUCUCUCGGACCGGCUCAGUCAGUGGAUCGCCGCGGAAUCUGGCUUUGUCGCAUUUCACCGACUUGCAGAUCCACCAGAGGCCAGGCAAGUGGCGGCGGGCGCGACCAACGAGCAGCAAACAGGGAAAAGAACGCGAGCGGAUAUUUUUAGCAGUCUGGUCUCCGAAGAGGAUAUUCUUAGGGCCGCGGUUGGAAUCUACUAUACCCUCUAUCUUCAGCAUCACCUUGGAAACGGUGAGACAAAUUCGAUACACCAAGGGGAAUCUUUAUCGCUCCAUUCCCCCCAGAAUUUGCGAGAGAGAGAUCAGGAUUACAAGACUGUCGACGAGGGGCGAACGUUUUCGUCGAGCCAAAUCUCUACCGCAAACAGGAAUCAUGGCGAAACCUCUGAAAACCCUUCGCACUCUGUUUCGGACGCUUCUGCGCCUUAUCUUAGGCUAGCAGCACAUGCUUUAGGCGUCCCAUAUAGCGACGUCGCUGUGUCUAGUCAUCCCAGCAGUCAGAAAACGCCCAGGGUAUCCAGUCAUGAAUCCCGCGACAAUGAACCCCUAUCUCAGUGGUCAGUCAGGUCAGACGCUUGGACAGCGACGCAGAAGACAGACAGAAACACAGAAGCCGGCAAAUGGCGACGACCGCUGAGCUCUCAGCACAUGCAAGCCUUCCCAGAUACGUGGCUGCUCUCGUUUUUGUUUCUGAGGUGGUUGGACAUGUGGAGGCGACAAGUGAUGCUUCAAGAGGCGCCGAGUUCAGACGCGGCUAUCUCUGACAAGGAAAUACCGGCAGCUAAUAAGCGCGGACGCACAGUUGCACAUGUGGCUGAACACACAGUUGAAGGCCAAGAAGGUGAAACGAGGACAGAGAACGACGAUCAAGGGGUGAAGCAAGGGUUUCUGGGAAAGCGUCCGGCAACGGAAGGGACAAAGUGA